AUGCAUGUGAAAGCAGCAAAUGCAUGUAGACGUGAUGGAGAGGAGUUAAAGGUGAAGUGCAAGAAUGCGAAGACAAAUGUAGAAGAGUUGGAGAGACUUGGAUGCAUUGUGGUCCAUGGUGUUAAUGUGCACUCCAUGAGCAUAGAUUGCAGGGUUGUUGGAACGAUUCUAUAUGAUAGAAUCAUCUUCAAUUUUUCUCAUACACAGGAAACACCAAAAACCGGUGGAAGGAGUGCUAGAGUGAUGCUUAAAGACCAAUAUGGAGAGAUUCAUGUGACUCAUAAGAUGGUUCACUCAUUUAAGGAGUGGAGGAUACUGGUUCUGGGUUACACUAAUAAGAGAGGAGGUGGAAGUGACUAUGACUCUAGUUUCCCUGUUGGACAAGCUUCUACUUUCAUGUUUAGGAAAUUCUAA